GGCGCAGCGACGCGGCCGGUGCGAAUCGCUCGUUCGGCACCGCCAUGUUCAAGUGACAGAACAGUUUUGCAGUGAAAAAAGGAAAGAUUGAGGAAAUAGAUUCUACAGCUGUUAAUGGAUUAAUCUUUUGCCAAAUUGGCGAGGUGAAUUGCCUCGUGGUGGAAGCGUCUGGCUGCCAAAGCUAGGGCAAGAUGCAGAUAAUAAAAUGCUGAACUUCUUGGUACUAACUGUGGAAAAAUGGAGGUGUUAUGAACAUUCACAAGGUAAUUCGGCAGGGGGCCACCCCUGUUAGCCUGAGCUUGCUCUCUAUCCAGGUUUAUGCUUCCUCCUCAGAGAAGGAGACUUCCAAAAAGGAGUUGCUGAAAAUUGAGGAGCUGUCACUCUACUCCUCUCCAGCUUGUGAGACUAAAUAUGUGGAGAAUCCACAAACCCAAUUGGAAGAGGGGGUUUCGCGUUUACGGCAUGUUAUGGAGCCAUAUACAGCCUGGUGUCAGGAUCUUUAUGCCAAAGCUAUGCCCAAAUUAGAAAAAGCUGUUGAGCAUGGUAGAGAGGGCUGUGAAUUUCUCCAAAACCCCCCUGCUGGAUUUUAUCCAAGGCUUGGUGUGAUAGGUUUUGCUGGAAUUGUCGGAUUGUUUCUUGCUAGAGGCUCAAAAAUAAAGAAGUUAGUGUAUCCUGCAGGUCUCAUGGGUAUUGGUACCUCCCUGUAUUACCCUCAGCAAGCGGUUGCUAUUGCGAAGGUUGCUGGUACACAGCUAUAUGACUGGAGUCUUCAGGGAUACAUUGCUGUAGAAUCUCUCUGGAAAGAUAAUCCUAAGAAGAAGAAAUCUGGGGAGAAAAGUGGUAAGGGUGAUGCAGAUGGAGACAAACCCCUGGAAAUCCAUGCUGCUUCAAAUGAAGAGCGAGCCCAGAAGUAGAACACCGGAUCACUUGGAAUCAAACAGCUGUAGGUGAAUAAAAAACAAAGAUACAAGCAACAGUUUCCCAAGAUAAAGAGGAAAACUAUCUGAAUCCAUUUUGAUUUUGAAUGUGACUAAUCUGCCUUCUGCCUCAGGAAAGACUGACUGUGUGCUGCUUGGGCUUCUGGUAUGGAAUCUGUGAAAGGACACUACGUAUCUUGGUCAGUCUUGAGACCUCAUCCUCAGUUCUGCAGCAGGACUCAAGCCUGCCCAUGCUUGUCCCAUUGCAGGAUCAACAUUGCAAGUAGCAAGACUCAAAAUUCCUCAGUCUCUUGUUAGUAUUUAUAUAUAAAAUAAAAUUCCAGUUACACAAAA